AUGGCAACAACUUUCACGGAGAUGUGGAAACCAGAAGCAGCUGCAAAACAGAAAGCAGUUGAACCCAUGGCGAGGUAUAUGACUGCAUGUGAGCAAGGCAGCAUUUUGCCCACACCUUUGGACUUCAUUACAUCUGGCUCCACCAAACUUGAUGCGGCCAACUGGGCCUUGGCAGACAGCGACAUGAUCCCCGUUGCGACCAUGUUCCGCGCAGUCCCAGAAGUUCAUGAGGUUGACCUAAGCGCAAACACCCUUCUUACGGACAAGUCUCUAGUUCCCUUGCUUCAAAAGAUGAGGAGAAAUCCAGCAUGUUCAACAUUGACACGGUUGAGUUUGCGCCAGUGCUUUCGCUUGGGUGCAUCUUCUGUUGAGGAAAUCAUCCGUCUUGUUUCAAACUCAGAUGGAUUGACCAACCUGAAGACUCUAGAUGUAAGCGGAAUUCCAUUGCCUGUUCGCCUCCAGCAAGACUUUUUCUUGGCUCUGGGAGAGCAUUCCAACCUGGAGAGCUUGAUGUUGGCAGAUAUUGGGCUUGGCAGCAAUCCUGUGGCAAAGAAAUGCUUGGAGACGCUCUUCAGAUGCAAUACCUUGGUAGGAUUAGACUUGAGCUGGAAUGCAUUUGGGGACGAGGUCUUUGGCUCUGUGGGCACCUACGUUUCGCAGGCGCACGUGCAUCUUAGGUCUCUUUCCAUGUCAAAUUGUUCGUCAGCAAACAUUGACACCACAGAUCUAGAUCGCCAGGGUGACCAGGCCAAGCCAUUUAAGCCCGUCAACCUAAUGUUGGAGUGCCUUUGCAAAGCCAAGAGUUUGACAUAUCUAGAUAUCUCGAUCAACCGGUUGGACUUGACGGCGGCAUUGAUCUUGGAAGAUGCACUUGGCCAACAUCCCAGCCUCCAUGAACUUGACGUCUCUAGGAAUCCCUUCGGUGCCCUUGGUGCUCACUCUAUGCUGAGAAUGUUCGCAAUCUCCAAGAUAGAGCGCUUGCAUUGCACAGAGAGCUUUGACGUCGGAGAUUUGAGAGGACAACCAUUUCAGCUCGCCAAUCCUGAAGGCGUCUAUUCCUUGAAUCUGGCGUUACCGUUUCAUCGCUCAAUCCUGCGGAUGCUCUUGAAGUACUGUAAGAUGCUGCACUUGUCUGCAAAGCAAGCGUUCACCGAGUGCUCAUCUGCCUUGCCGUCUUUUUCGGAAGAUGAGGAUGGCAUCUUCCAGGACAAGCUUCCCCUCAUCGAUGCACUGGCAAAGAACUUUGUCCUGGACUUUACCCAUGUGGAGAUGCUGUGUAACUUGGGCAAGUCUAUGAUGGUGCCAACUAUAAUUCUGAGGCUUCUGCAUACAACCGCUUCCUCCAAGUUGGGUCGCUACUUAUGCAGCCUCCUGACAAGCAGCAAGGUUCAAUAUUUUCAGAACCAGCGGCGUGCGAUGUUGUCACUGACCUUCACUCCUACCAAUCCAUCGAUGCACUAUGCACUGGUGAUGGAGGAGCCAUGUGAUUUUCAUAUUGUCGAGAGCUUGAGAGUCCUUGACAGAUGGGAGACAAACAUUGCCAUGCGUCAGGGGUUGGUGGACAACUCCCAGAAAGGCAAUCAGUCGCAGGUUCGCAAUGAGCUCUUCGACGGCCGCAGACCAAACUUCAAGUCGAUGCCGGAUUGGCAGCUGCCGUUGCAUGGAAAGCUAGAGUUUGAUUUCGUUGGUGGGCCACGACCUCCUCCAGGUGUCGAGCCAAUGAGAGAUAACUGUUUCUAUGAGUUUUACAAACAAGUUCAACAUGUGACUCGCGGUGGUUGUGACUCAUGGCAGCAGCUUCAAGCUCUUCGAACCGUGGCUCCUUACAUUUACCUUUCGUCGUCUCAGCUGCGAGAGCUGCUUGGAGCACUUUCUGACCGUGAGGCUAGAAUCCAGCUUUUCCAUGUAAUGUACUACCGGUUGGUGGAUAUUUGGAAUGUAAAGGUUCCUAGAGCUCGCUUCUCUGGCAAUGAUUUCACUGUUUUGAUGGACAGGCUUGGACCGACGAAGUUCUUCCCUUUUAUCCAGCCAGAACAGGCUUUCUUGGAGCUGGAUUUCUCUGUACAUGACCAGAAGUUGGCGGUCACCAUUCUCGUGAACCUUUUUCAAAAGGAGGUGGCUCUGCUGGCAGAGCCCAGGUACAUCCGGGAGGAUGGUACGGAGGAUGAACUUGUCACAGGUGUUCCCAGGGCCUGGGCGAGAUAUUCGGAUUGCCCCAAGGCUGGCAACUUCCGAGCCAAGUAUUGUGUGUCCCCCGAGAAGCGCAACUUGAAGACACGCGUGGACUACUUGACGACCAUUGGGCGAUGGAAAAUUCCUGCCUUGGAGUCGGAGGACGUUGACUGGUGGUCAGUCCUUUCUGAUGUUAACCUGGACAUGAUUCGAUUCAUUGAGGUGCUGGAUGAAAGAUAUCUUGGCGACUUGAGCCAGGCUUAUGCAGAUAUUGAUGGUGAUGGAACUGGAAAGGGUGGGAUUUCCCUGAAUGAGUUUGAGGACUAUGGUGAAAGGUUGGAAGAUGCUCGAUUCAGGAAGAAUUGCCGGGAGCGCUUUCGCGCAAUUUUUCGAAACUUGGAUGCCACCCAGACUGGCAACAUCUCUCGGGAGGAAUGGACCUUCUUGGAUUCGGUCAAGCGGGAACUGGACAGACAGAUGCAAGAGUUGUGCAGCUUCAUUCUGUGGAACUUCGGCGGCUUGGAGAAGGCCUUCAGGAAGUGGGACGUGGACCACGACGGGGUCUUGUCGCAGGAUGAGUGGACUCAAGGUCUACAAGAGGCUGGCUUUUUUGGUGCUGGCGAUGAGCUCUUUUCCAUUUUGGACGUAGCAAAUGGUGGGACCAUCACACGUGAGGAGUCAGCCAAUGAAUCGAAUCUUGAAUCUCUUUGCCUUUGUCCAACUUCCCUUCUAAGCCUCUUUGGAGCCAGUCCAAUAGCAUCACAAGUUGGCGUUCUCGCGCAUUUCAGUGGGAUCUGGGCACAAGCGACGCUCAAUGCGACGUGCUGCCGUUUUCUGAAUGUUUUUUGGGAUGCCAAUCUAAUUACGUUUCCCGGAGCAGUUGAACAAAAUUCGUGCAUUCAACACAUGUGGGAGAGCCCACUUAUGGCUGGUGGUUGGGCUGCGAAUGUGUUUGGCUGACGUCAA